AAAGAAAGAAAAUUCCAAAAGCAGGCAACGUCAUGACGCAAGCCCCACCCCGGAAGAGGGUCUAGACGCGUAAAUAAGACGUAGACAGGCCCGGCACCGGCCUCGGGGCUUGACGGGAUUGUGGCGGUCUUCUCUCCCAACUCGGAAGCUACCGCUGCCUCCCGACGCUCCCAAGAUGGCGACCUCUCUAGGUUCCAACACCUACAACAGGCAGAACUGGGAGGAUGCGGACUUCCCCAUUCUGUGCCAGACGUGUCUUGGAGAAAACCCAUAUAUCCGAAUGACCAAAGAAAAAUAUGGGAAAGAGUGCAAGAUCUGUGCCAGGCCAUUCACAGUGUUUCGCUGGUGCCCAGGAGUCCGAAUGCGUUUCAAGAAGACUGAAGUGUGCCAAACCUGCAGUAAAUUGAAGAAUGUCUGUCAAACCUGCCUCUUAGACCUAGAGUAUGGCCUCCCCAUCCAGGUUCGAGAUGCAGGAUUGUCUUUUAAAGAUGACAUGCCAAAGUCAGAUGUCAAUAAAGAGUACUAUACACAGAACAUGGAGAGAGAGAUUUCUAACUCAGAUGGAACUCGGCCAGUUGGCAUGCUGGGGAAAGCCACAUCUACCAGUGACAUGCUGCUCAAACUGGCCCGAACCACACCCUACUACAAAAGGAAUCGGCCACACAUUUGCUCCUUCUGGGUAAAAGGAGAGUGCAAGAGAGGAGAGGAGUGUCCAUACAGACAUGAGAAGCCUACAGAUCCAGAUGACCCACUUGCUGAUCAGAAUAUUAAAGACCGAUAUUAUGGAAUCAAUGACCCUGUAGCUGAUAAGCUUCUAAAGCGGGCUUCAACCAUGCCUCGUCUGGACCCACCAGAGGAUAAAACUAUUACCACUCUAUAUGUUGGUGGCCUGGGUGAUACCAUUACUGAGACAGAUUUAAGAAACCAUUUUUACCAGUUUGGAGAGAUCCGGACAAUCACUGUUGUGCAGAGACAGCAGUGUGCUUUCAUCCAGUUUGCCACAAGGCAGGCUGCAGAAGUGGCUGCUGAGAAGUCCUUUAAUAAGUUGAUUGUCAACGGCCGCAGACUCAACGUGAAAUGGGGAAGGCCAAUGUUCCCUAUGUUCUCUCCUCCAGCUCUUCCUCCUCCUCCUGCAGCAGAAGAAGAAGCCUCUGCCAACUACUUCAACUUACCCCCAAGUGGCCCUCCAGCUGUGGUGAACAUUGCCCUGCCACCACCCCCUGGUAUUGCCCCGCCACCCCCCCCAGGUUUUGGACCACACAUGUUCCACCCAAUGGGACCACCCCCUCCUUUCAUGAGGGCUCCAGGACCAAUCCACUAUCCUUCUCAGGACCCUCAGAGGAUGGGAGCUCAUGCUGGAAAACACAGCAGCCCCUAGCACAUUAUCACCACUGUGAAGCUCUAUGGAAGAAAGGGCACUUAAAAAUCCAAGUAAAUCUUGGAAUAAAUAUAUUUUUCCUUCCCUGUAGUUUCCAUGGUAGCUGAAUGAGUUCAGAUGUGGGCAGAGACCAACAGCCCUGCUUUCCUACACAUAUUCAAAGGAUCAACGGACCUCAAAUAAGCUGCCGUUAGCACAUCUGAUUACUACUAUAACAUGACUAAUACAACCUAAUGCCUGCUCCCCUUACCUGUAUGGGGGACAAGCGGAUGAGUAAAUUGGAAUGUCCAAUGGAGUUACCAUCCCAAUUAUAUGUUCAUUUUGUACCUUUUGAGGGGAGAAAAAUUGACCUGCGGUAAAAUUUGACCAUUUUUACGUCCAUUGGGUAUUUUUGUUUUUAUCACCUAAAAAAAAGAUGACUAGUACUAAUCAUUGUAGUGGCCUAAGUGUGAUUAAUUCUUUUGAAGUCACACCCUCAGAAAGACAAGUAGAAACCACCAACAGAGCCCAGAUCUUUUCUUUCCUGUCAUUUUCCUCAGUUGUAAUAAGGAAUCUGAUAGGUUUACUUCUGCAUGCCAGCAAAACAGAAGACAAAAAAAUUUUUAUUCCUAUCAAUUGGAUAGAAACACAAAUUUCAUGGAGCUGUGUUAUCACUGAAGAAACCUGGUGUCUGGGAUGAAAUUAAAGAACUUCCUGUAAAACACUUUCUUUAACAAACUGAGAUGAAAAGUAUUGGAGUGUUUGAAUGGAAGACGUAUGACCUACAACUGCACCUCUGAUCUUCAGCAUUCACCUUCGUGUGUCUUCAGCGUCUCAUUGUAAUUCUCUGCUUCUGUUUGGUCUUAGAAUGUUUGGAUAUAACUGAAUUGUAGACGGUAAAGGAAACUUGAUGUUGUGAUGUGUUUUUUGUUUUUAAAUAAUUAAAACGGGUCAAUUUU